GCCAUGGUCCUGGAGGACAACGAGUGUGACUCUGUCUUUGAGCCCCAAAUCACUGAGGAGCACGUAGAGACUCCGUAUGGGAAUGUCCACUGCAUCAUGACAGGAACUCCACGGGCACACCGGCCUGUCAUCCUGACAUUUCACGAUGUUGGACUGAACCAUAAAUCCUGUUUUGACUCACUGUUCAACCACGAGGACAUGCAUGAAAUCACCAGACAUUUGCCUGUUUGUCAUGUGGAAGCCCCGGGACAACAUGAAGGAGCCAAAACUCUGCCUACUGCGUUUGCCUACCCUUCCAUGGACCAGCUCUCUGAAGCACUGCCCGCUGUCCUCAAACACUUUGGGUUGCGUACUGUGAUUGGACUGGGAGUUGGAGCAGGAGCCUACAUCCUGGCUAGAUUCGCUCUGAAUCACCCUGAACUGGUGGACGGAUUGGUUUUGAUCAACAUCAACCCCUGCGCUGAAGGAAUAAUAGAUAGUGUUGCAAACAAGAUUACUGAAUGGACCCACACUCUACCGGACACAAUCAUCACACACUUGUUUGGAAAGGAUGAGAUCCAGACCAACCAUGACCUCAUAGCUACGUACCGUCACCACAUCACAGCAACGAUGAACCAGUCCAACGUCAGUCAGUUUUUCCGCUCCUACAACAACCGCACUGUUCUGGAGGUGGAGAGGCCUGUUCCUGGAGGAACCAUCAAUGCCAGGACCCUCAAGUGCUCCACACUGCUGGUUGUAGGAGAUAAUUCCCCAGCUGUGGAGGCCGUGGUCGAAUGCAACUCUAAACUCAACCCCACAAAGACCACACUGCUCAAGAUGGCGGACUGUGGAGGACUUCCUCAGGUGGAUCAGCCAGCCAAAGUGAUUGAAGCCCUCAAAUAUUUUAUCCAAGGCAUGGGAUACUUGUCCAGUUCCAGCAUGACCAGACUUCGCUCACGGACAACCUCCAGCUCCAGCAUCUCGUCCUUCGAUGGCUCUCGGAACCGCGCACACACCAACGAGUUGCAGCGCGGCCGAGCGCACUCGCAUGGCACAGAGGAGAAGCGUGGGCGCUCGCACACUGAUGUCACUAUGGAGAGUAUUUCCAGCAGUAAAAUGGACCAGCUCACCUCAAAGUCCACUCAGGUGGCAUGCUAGAGUGCACUCUGCCCUAAAUCCAAUGCACUUAAAUCAAAUCAUACCUCAUUAUAUCCACCCAGAUAGCUUCCCUCCUCUUUAACUUUCUGUCUCUUUCAUUCAUCAGUCUGCCAUGCCCUUUCAUCUGCACUAUGUCUAGCUGAUCCAGGUCAUACAUCCAUGUGACUUUGCUCUAUCCUUCUGUAUCCUCUCUAACUCUCCUUAUUCUUUCAUCAAUUUAACAAUCCUUGUGUGUGUCUUCUCCUUGGCAUUCUUCAUAGUCUCUUCAUCCAACUGCUCUUUGUUUCCUCACCUCUCUGUACCCUGCCCUGAACUGUUACUGUAUGUCUCUACCUCUGUAUCCGUCUUUACUAUGUGUUUUUUCUCCCUGUCCAUGUCUCUUACUACUUUCUU